AUGUCGAACAUUUGGACAUUGGAUCGAUCGGUAGAUCCGAAGGAGCCAGGAGUUGCAUUCAUCUAUCGUUUUCUACACGAGCGUCGAUGUGAAGGAUCAAAGGUUACGAUCGCCAUAGCUGGAAGCACCAUGUCAUGUAGUCAAUGCCACAAGCUGCUUCGCCAGGUGCUAUUCCGGCAUAGUCAAGUUCGCAUCAGCGUGGCCAAUUUCGAGGGAUAUUGGCAGCCUUCGCAGGUGGAAGGGAUUAUCUACAGCCUGCUUCAUCAACUCGUCACAGAGAAUGCUGUUCAAUAUGAUGCGCGACAGGUGCUAUCGAUUUGUUUUUGGGGCCGCGACGAAGCUACCUGGAGAAGGGAUCUU